CCUUAAUGAUAUCUUAUAUUCUUGAGAGGUUGGUUUUCUUUAAUUGAAUUGAUUUCGAACAAAACACAAUCAGUAAUUGAUAUUUUCAGCCAAAUCCGUUGAACGAUUCUAAAAAACGGUGCUCUAGAAAAAUUAAGAAAUGUAUUCCAAAUACCUUGUCCUUAAGUUCAAUCAAAGUGUAGGUACCUACCAACUACAAAAAAAAUCUUGGAAAGCGCUCGAUUUUAAGCUUCAUAUUGUGAUGAUCUCUUUUCCUACACUCACUAUAGAGUGAUAUUUUGAGGAAUGGUAAGAUUUGCAAAGAUACUUGUUUCCCUCCGGCUUCACACCGACCAAAUACUGUUGUUGUUGUUAUGUUAUUGAUAGUCGGGGACUGGCACUUUAUUCAGCAUAAAGGGUUUUGACUAUAUGAAUAAUUCACUAAUUAUUAAUUUUGCAAAUAUUUUUGUUAUUGAAUAAUAGGGCAGUAAAACUUCAGCGAUGGAUUUCCAAAAAAAUGAAAUAAAGGAAGAGUUCAACGAGCAAGUGGAACAUGAAAUAAAAAUUGAGUAUCAGGACUAUCAAUCUGAAUCAGAUCUAAGCGACGAUCUAAGACUGAAAGAGACUCCAUCUCCAUCAUUGGGUCAUAUCAAACAAGAGCCGGAACUUAUUCUGGAGUCGGAUGAACUGCCCGCGCCAGACGAGAUCGUAGUUCAAACCAAACCAGAAAAUCCCGUUAUAAAGCGACUGAAUUUCAACCCAACGAGAUGCUACAUCUGCAAGCACAACUUCAAGGACGAGGCAAGCCUGGAGAUUCAUCUUCCGUUGCACACCGAUAUGAUUCCGUACGUUUGUGAGGAAUGUACGAGCGAAAGUGCCCAUCCGACGAAACUCACUUCGCUGGGUCCGCUGCAUCGGCACUUUCGGUUGCAUGCCACGAAUUUUAAAUGCCCUAAAUGCCCCAAGUGGGUUCAAAACGUUCAGAGACAUGUGCGAGACUAUCACAACCACAACGAUAAAAACCCUCAGUUCGACUACAGCUGCAAGAUUUGUGGGAAAAUUUCCAAGAGUAAAGCCUAUUACGAAAAGCAUCAGCUGUACCAUAAGAAGAGGAAGGAAAGACGAUUCAUUUGUUCGUUUUGCAACAAAAAGUUGAAAUCCAAAGUGAAUCUGGUCUGUCAUGAAAGAUGCCACACUGGCGAGCGCCCAUUCCAGUGCAAAUACUGUCCCAAAGUGUUCAAGACGAAGCAAAACAUCGAGAGUCAUGAGCGGAUACAUACCGGAGAAAAGGGUUUCCGCUGUAAUGUCUGCUGUAGGGACUUCCGGACCAAUCAUGCGCUGCAAGGCCACAUGAUAAAUAUUCACGGACGAUCAGCUAGGAACAAGACCGGUGAACUGGUCGAAAGCGCCGUUACAUGCCAAGAAGCGGACGAAAUCAAGGGUCAAUCUGUUUAUGUUAAACAAGGGCUGGAUUCCACGUCUGAAACGAAUAAGAUGCUUCCAGAGCAGGGAUCAAUAAAUGAAGGAAAGAUCCAACUUGUCAACCAAUUUAAAUGUUACAUCUGCGAGCAAGUUUUUAACGAUUGUGAAAGCCGUGACACUCAUCUCUCAACGCAUCUAGAUAUGCUGCCUUACAAGUGUGUCAAGUGUUCGAAAGAAAGUGAUUCUACGGAAAUGUUCAUUUCAAUGAACCAGCUUCAUCGACAUUUGCAACUGCACGCCCAUAAUAUGAAGUGCCCUCAAUGCCCAUUCUGGACCAGCACGAGCGAACUUCUGACCGCGCACAUCAAUGAAAAGCAUACCAAAAAGGACCAUAGUAUGAAAUACACAUGUCAAAUAUGUGGAAAACAAUUUACGAAAAGUAAUUUCACGAAACACAUGCGUAACCACAAGGACAGGGAAAACGGACGUUUCACGUGUGCGUUCUGCGGCGCUAAGUUCUGCACCAAAUGGGAUCUGAUUCAUCACGAACGAAAUCACACUAACGAGCAUCCAUACCAGUGCCGGUAUUGCCCAAAGACUUUGAAAACGAAAGGUAUUCUAGAACGCCACGAGAGAACCCAUACUGGUGAGAGACCUUACUCAUGCCAAACGUGCGACAAAACCUUCGGAUGGCUGAAGUCACUCCGAGCUCACAUCGAAGCUUCCCAUACGGCAAUGGUUUACAAAUGCGAACUCGAAGGGUGCGAUUUCACCACCCCCAAGCGGAGUACUAUGGACUAUCACACGGCUAGACACGAAAUGAGGCACGUUUGUUCGUUCUGCACAAAACGAUUUCCUUGCAAAAGUGCUCUGGCCACACACGAGCUGAUUCACUUGGGCAUCAAGGACUUCCAUUGCAAGCAGUGUGCGAAGAGUUUUCGAACAAAGUCCGCUCUUAACAACCACGUGAAAUUACAUAACGAUAUUCGACCGUUUGUGUGUAAAACGUGCGGAACUACUUACGUUCAGAAAGUGCAGCUCCAAAAUCACCUUACCAAAAACGUUCAGUGCCAGAAUGCUGACCAAAUGGAAUUUGUCAGGUCUAAAAGCGGUUGAUGCUGUUUUCCAAUGAUGUCAAGACGCAAUGUUUUCCCUUCCAAUCUGAGUAAAAUGCGUAGUUUCCUUUCUAGCCAAUAAGAAACAAGAAAAUUUUGAAAUCCCAGA